AUGGGUUUAAGUGGAGCCAAACCAGUGUCUACACCUCUGGAUCCUAAUCUUAAGCUAACAUCCAUUGAGUAUGAUAUACACGUACAAGGAUCAGGAACUAUUAUUUCAAACAUGCCCUUAAAGGAUGUUGGCAGAUACCAAAGAUUAGUGAGAAGGCUCUUGUACUUAACUAUGACCAGAGUUGAUAUCUCAUUUGCAGUACAAACAUUAAGUCAAUUUAUGCAUGCUCCUAAAGAAUCCCAUAUGGAAGCUGCUCUAAGGGUGGUCAAAUAUAUUAAGACAGCUCUUGGACUUGGUACUUGUGUACAAACAAGAAAGUCUAUAACUAGAUAUUUAGUAAAAUUUGGAGAUGCACUUAUCACCUGGAAAUCAAAUAAGCAAGAGACUGUUGCCAGAAGCUCUGCUGAAGCUGAGUUCAGGAGUAUGGCUUCAGCAGUUGCAGAAAUAACUUGGCUAAUUGGAGUGUACAAGGAACUAGGGGGUGACUAUCAAACAACCAGUGGAUCUAUUCUGUGA